AUGCCUCAGUCAAUCGAUAUUGAUGCUACACUGCUCAAGCUCUCUAUAAGGGAGAAGAUCAAGCUGUUGACCGGCAAGGGCUACUUUCUGACGGACUUCCCAGGCACCCAUCUACUGCUGGCACCCACCAUUAACAUUCAUAGGAACCCUUUAGGAGGACGCAGUUCCGAGUUCUACGCGGAAGAUCCUCACCUGAAUGGAUUUAUUGCAUCUGCCUAUAUCAAUGGUGUACAGUCGAAAGGCGUCGCCUGCACUAUCAAGCACUUCGUCGCUAAUGAUCAGGAGACCGAGAGGUUCUCGAUUAGCAGCGAAGUGGGAGAGCGUGCCUUACGCGAAGUAUACUUGAAGCCGUUUCAAAUUGUGAUUAAGCAUGCAAAGCCUUGGGCUCUUAUGACUGCAUACAAUCGGGUGAAUGGCGUCCAUGUCUCCGAGGAUGAGCACCUCCUCGAUGACAUUCUGAGGAAGGAGUGGGGUUAUGAAGGUUUAAUCAUGAGCGACUGGAAUGGGGUUUACAGCACGACUGCAAGCAUCAAAGCAGGUGUCGAUAUCGAGAUGCCUGGACCGACUGUGAUGAGGGGCAAGGCUAUAGAGCGAGCAUUAACUGCUGAGAAGCUGUUUAUAUCCGACAUCGAUGCCCGAGUCAAACAGAUCCUGGGGCUUUAUAAGCGUGCUCAAGAAUCUGGUAUCCCGUUCGAUGGUCCCGAAGAAUACAAUCAAGACCCCGGAGUUAAGAAUAUCCUCAGGGAAGCCGCGGCGGAGUCUAUCGUCCUGCUUAAAAACGACAAAGGGAUUCUACCUCUUACCAACACGGUCAAGAAAAUUGCAGUCAUAGGCCCGAAUGCGAAAGUCGGCGUUCCUUCUUGCGGUGGUUCUGCUCGAGUCAGGUCCGCCUACACAGUGUCCCCCCUCCAGGGAAUCAGCGCAGCAGCAGAGAAGAUCGGUGCCGAAGUUGGCUAUAGUCUGGGCGCUAGUGCCCACAGAUAUCUUCCUACAAUUGGACCUUACAUGUCCCAACCCGGAAUACUCCUCGAGUUCUGGAACGAGAAACCAUCACCGGACUUUUUGAGCACCCAACCAAACCUAGGGGAUAGGCUUUCUUCUCCAGCCUGGACCACUACAGCUCACGACACGGAAUGUUUCCUCGUGGACGGCGUGGAAGAAUCCAAGGUAAACCUCACGUGCUGGACUCGAUACACCUGUACUUUCAUACCCGAUGAAGAUGGGGACUGGGAGUUCGAACUCAGUAUUGCUGGCGUAGGGAAUCUGUUCUUCGGAGGCCAGCUGGUCAUCGACCUCAGCACCAAUCCUCCUCUGGGAGGAUCUUGGUUCGACCUUGGAACGAAAGAGGUUCAGACUGUUGUUUCUGGUCUAAAGGCUGGGACGACCUAUCAAAUCGAAAUACGGACAAGCUCGGAAGACUUUGUCGACCGGGGACCACCGUUCCCCUGCUGGGGCGGGUUGCGACUUGGGGCAGCUCGGAAGAUUGAUCACCAGCGGCUCGUCGAGGACGCAGUUGGGCUGGCGAAAGACUCGGACGUUGCAAUUCUGGUGGUUGGGUUGAAUAACGACUGGGAGAGUGAAGGUUACGAUCGGACAGACCUAGGACUUCCCGGAAACACCAGCGAACUAGUGGCCGCCAUCCUCGAAGCAAACGAGAAUGUGGUAAUUGUCAACCAAUCGGGCUCUGCAGUGACUAUGCCGUGGGCCAAUUCCGCGUCUACUAUUCUCCAGGCGUUUUACGGAGGGGACGAAUUAGGAAAUGCUCUUGCAGACGUUUUGUUCGGAGUUGUGAACCCUUCGGCGAAGCUGCCUUUGACUUUCCCAUUACGACUGGGAGACGUACCUUCGCAUGGUUCAUUUGGGACGGUUGUUCAAGAGCCAGGGAAGGUCCUCUACAAUGAAGGCAUCUUCGUAGGAUAUCGCGGAUACGAGGUUAAACAAGUUAAACCCCUCUUCCCAUUCGGAUUUGGCCUCUCCUACACGAGGUUUUCUUACACCGACCUCUCCAUUUCUGCCAUCGCUUCUGGCGGGAACUUCGAUGUCUCCCUCAAGAUAAAGAACAGCGGAGACCGCGACGGAAAAGAGAUUGUGCAGGUUUAUAUCUCGAACAAGGCUUCUCAGCUUGCGCAACUCGUGAAGGAGCUAAAAGGUUUUGUGAAGGUCUACCUGAAGGCGGGCGAGACCAAAGCCGUGAAAGUAUCUCUCGACAAAGAGGCGUUGGGAUAUUAUGACAGUCGUCGUCGACAAUGGGUUGCUGCGAGAGGGACUUAUGAAGUCCGCGUUGCAGCCUCGUCGGGUGUGGAUGAGGCUGCCCUGGCAGCAACGAUCGAGCUGGAGAAUGAGAUUGUCUGGACAGGACUUUGA